GACGACAUUGACGUCGAGGUUGAAAUGCAAGACGACAACACCAACAACACCAAGAGUGCAGCCAAUAUGAACAUGGACGGCGCAAACGACGACCCUCCCACUGUGCCUCAGAUCGAGACGCGGAUGCCGGCAAAGAAGGACGUCGCAUUGCGAGACUUCUUGGGCAAGAUGGAUGAAUAUGCGCCAAUCAUCCCAGAUGCUGUCACAAACUACUACCUCACUCUCGCUGGUCUACCACCACCACCAGCCACCCCACCUCACCUAGCACGACUUCUCGCACUCGCUGCUCAAAAGUUCAUUGCAGACAUUGCAGCAGACGCAUACCAGUACUCGCGCAUCCGAUCCACAAACACUACAUCCAACAACCCCUUGACCGGACUCGGUGGUGCAGCAGGCUUUGGUAUGAUGCCGACAGAGGAAGGUGGUGCUAAGGGCAAGGGCAAAGAUGCUGGAAAAGGCGCUCAGCUGGGAGGACCUCGUCCAGGUUAUGGCGGUGGUGGUGUGAACUCGUCGGGCGGCAGGACAGUGCUGACCAUGGAAGAUCUGGGCAUGGCCGUCGGAGAGUACGGCGUCAACGUCAAGAGAGGCGAGUUCUACAGGUAA